AUGUUGACAAAGAAGAUAAACAUGACGUGCAGCACUCCAGCGCCUUCAUGCCGAGGACAUUCUGUUGCAGCGGUGGAGAUGAAGGAGGCAGCCGCGGCGCGAGGAUCGGAGAGCAAAAGCAAAAGGGUUCGAUGGGGCAGAGGCGAACUCCUGGCAGCUCUCCACCUGGUACUGGGAAUCGAGUUGCCGAUAUGCUAGUGGACAACUACGCACCCGCCUCCUACCCCUGAUUUGCCAUGCAAAAUGCCAAAGUCUAGUUUUACCUAACUCUUCCGUUUUCCAGUAGACUACUGGCAAGAAUCUGAGUUGCAUGAAAAGUUUUACUGCAGGAGGAGCUGCAGGCUCAAUUAUAAAUAACAGCGGUACCACGUCGACGGGCGUGACUUUGUCAUGUAAAAGCUGCAUGUUUGCGAUAGUCGUAGUUCCUGUUGCUGUAAUAAAUAUAAACCCUUCGUCGAGAAAUAUUAGCGGGGGGCUGGGCGGGCUGGGGGAGCUGUCCACAAGCAUAGACGACCCUGUUUCUGAUUCCCGUUUCUGCCGCAUUUGGACCAUUCCGCAACGGCGCCGACGGGUUAUAAAUUGCAAAAGUAUCGUACUGGUGUGAAUUGCAUUCACUUAUAAAUUGGCUCAGCAUGACAAAUUGAAUUUGUAAUGCGAGCAAUAAAGGGUUGAAAUUGUAUUUAUUGAAUUUGUAUUUGUAAUGCGCAUUUUCCGAUACGGAUACCUUUAGUUUGGUUUGGGAAAGCGAUCCGUAUUAAUGCACGACUGCGAUUACUAGUACAAGUACGAUACAGUUGUUGCACAGGAUACGAAUUAAUCUUCUGCGACCACACAUUUGCGAUCAAGAAAACUACGAACGGCGAAGGUGCAGCCAUCUCAACAUGCAGUGACGACGAUGGGGGAGCUGUUGACACAAAAUUGUGGCCCGUUCCGGACAAGGAGACUUGCGAAUACGCUGCCAAAGUGUGCACCGCUGAAAGCAAGCUCGGCAAUCAGGACUCUUUCACCGCAAGCCUCAGCUUUGACACGCAUUGGACACGACCCGCCGACGAUGCUAUUUCGUACUCCCACUGCUACGCGUUCCACGCCGCCACCCCUACCGAUGAUACCGAAGUAGAGAGGUCCGGGAUUCGCUGGGGCGGAGGCGGUAGCGGACAGGGGGAAUCCGGCACCAUCACUGCACACGUAGAGCGAAUCAUUUGCCUGCGCUCUGUUCCCUCAAGGGAUGGGCGUGUCAGUCUCCUACCGCCGUACAAGGAGGCUGACGCUGCGGUCGGCCUCGGCACUCUGAGUAUGAAUGGGCAAUACAAUAGAAUCCACGCGCAGCUUCAGUCCUGGCUUUUUUUUCUUUUCCAGUCUACAGAAUGUUGCAAAUAAGCAGAAAACAUCAUCGCCCCACGAACUACCCGCGCAGUGGGUUGUCAGACGAAAGUCGCACCUAUGUUGUACGCACUAUCGCCCUGCGACUUUUUUCGCCGCAAGCCCCGGCAACUUUUCUCGCGAAGGUUGCCACGAUUUUAGCCUUCGCGGAAGCCGCGCAGCUACGCUUUAGCUGCGCACCAACAGCUGAUGUAAUUGCGCUAGGCGCCGACCUUGCUUUUUUGUUUUUCCGUUUUCAGGAUGGGGCAAAACCCAAAACGCGGCGAGCCAUUACAAUCCAUCGGGGCCGCGCUGUUUUUGUUUUAUGGGGGUUCGCACUGUACUUGGUGGGCCGAUGCCAUCCGCAACUUUCAUUAUUUGCGUGGGGCCAUACUUACGUAAGCGCCCCGGCUUGAAGUUUCCGCGUGCUUCUAUUUUGUCCCUUUAUACGACGCGCAAAAACUGGUAUCCGAAACGACGACGCAUUUCCCAAUCUUUAUGAUUCCACAAACAGUGGUGCGUACAUACCUAUGUCCACUACCGCCAGGUUCGGAGAUUUAUAUUUUAAGGAUGUGUUGAGCGUCAGCUCCUUCGGCUCUGGUGAGUCUCACCGAGCCGCAGCAAAUGACAAAAUAACUGAUUACGAAGACGAGGACAACGAAGACGUACCACCGAGUGGAGAUGAUUUCGGAGCGGGCAUCAUGGCGCAAUGCCACCCGGGGUUUCACGUUCCUGCAGAUGAAUGCCGACCCGACAUCUUCAGCGAUCCGACGAGCGCGCUCGGGACUCAAUUGCCAACCGCAUAUGCCCGUCCCGACGGUGAAACUUACAAAUACACAAACUGCUACUUCAGCAGUGCAGCGGCUAACCGGAACAAGUUUGUUGCUUUGCUAUACAACGAGGCACAAGAGAGCAAUAUUCUUCCAACAUCCGCGGGAACCGCCACGAAGUGGAAGCUGGGGGCCCAGGACCUUCCCCCAAAUCCAGACUGCGAGAGCGACAUGACUGUUCACGACGCUGCCGGUUCGGGCGCGGCGUAUCUCCACUUUUCCACGUGUCCGCUCGUGACAGACCCAAACGCUAUUGUUGCUGCCAAGGAUAACCAAUGGGUGAUCAAUUAUCUGCUGCAAUUUGUUAAAGUGCUGCGCGUUGGUCAUCGUGUUUGCGGGGAUCAUAUCAUGGAAUAGAAAAUGGCAUGAGCAGAACUGAAGACUGAUACGCGAGGAAGCAUUUUCUUUAUAUAUAUUCUUGGGCUCCCCGUGUCGGUGUCCUCGGCGUAUUGAAAUUGAUUACGUAAUAUUAUCAAGAAGCAUUUGCUUCAUGGGCUUGUGGCUGGGCCAGGGGGGAAAUUCAUAGUUCUACUGGAUACGUGCUUUAAUACUGGAUUUUUGGUGUCGUGUGAUCAGUUCUCAAGAAUGCUGUGUAUUGCACUUUCGCACCACCUCAGAACUACCCCCGGAGAGGCGCUCUUCCCAGAGCAGUUCCUGGUUGUAGGGUCAGCCACUACCGCUUCGAGUGGCUGUCCCGAGGGGGCUGUAGAUGGUACAGCAUCUUAGUGGUGGGCUGCCUUUUAGUUCCCGCGGGCACGACCUUGUUGUUGCCCGCCGGUGCCCCUCUCAUCAACCUCUUGCUCCGCGUCAUUAACUCAGCAUCCACGACAAGCUGCAAAAGAUAAAGAAUAAGAAUCCACAUCAAGCGCGCAGGACGAGCAGCAGGGGGCAGAUCAACCAGAGUACAGCAAUUUUACCAGCAGGGCCAACCUGUUAAAGAUAUGUUCAUGCUGAGCUCUGUGCUAGCAAGCAGGUCAGUGAGAAUAAGUACACCCGCCACUGCAGGUGUCGCAAUGGUCGUCUUGCCCCGGCUUUGCCCGCGAAGGAAGCGGAGCAUGCGCCGCGUUCACUUGCGCGCGAUUUUUAGCAAGCGCCGGUGGGAUGUGCUCUUAGUGGAUCUACUGGCGCUGUAGGAUGGAGAAUCUGGUGGAAUAGACCGCACCUUCGCGCUAAGCAACAAUACAAUUUCGACUGUGACUCGCACAUCGAAAAAAGCAUAUCUGAAGAGGGAUGCCGGCGCCCCUGCAGCCACCUUUUCCUUUUCCGCCAUAGCCCCGGCGCGCACGCAAAAAAUUAGAUAGAAGAACGCCCCUGCGUGGCGUGUUUAGAAAAAGUAAAUAAAACCACCACGACAACGCCGCCUGCCCUGGUGCCCGAACCCCAAACCAUUUUUCCUUGUUGACCAGAAAAGCGCGCGCUCUUUCAAUUUGCAUAAAAGCAACGUAGCCCCUGUUUCCCUCGUGGAGCCCAGUAAGUACCUCCCUCUCUGCCGCACAAGCCGCGCGGCGGGCCCCGCAUUCGAAAUCCUGCACGCCGAAGCCACCUGCUCGGCCGGGUUUCACGUUGCGGGAACGUCGUGCAAGGGUGUUGGACUGCAGGACGACUUACUAGUGCAGUCCGAUAAGGGUGACACAAAUGGCAAUCCGAAAUACGCCAAACAGUUCACAAACCUGGUGUAUCCCGGCUUGGCUGAUAUAGGAUCGAGCGCCGCUUCUUUCAGUCUGCUUGUAUCGGUCGGGGGCGAAGCCACGAGUUUGGGUGAUUUGACUGCAAGACCGCUUGGAGCCGCAAUUUUCGUCGAGCCGCUUGUAAGUGGCGCCAAUGCCGCUCCCCCUCUUGCGACGCACUCGGCCAGCUAUGGGCUCCGCCUUGCCAACAUUCCGGGAGGAGCCGCGUCCGGCGCCACUGCGGCAGACGCCCUUACACCGGAGACGCCGACGGCGUGGCAGAACGGGCACGUAUCUGCCGCAGACAUUGCGGUUGCUACAGCUUCUACUGCGACAGCGGGGCAGGCUCAAGGUGAAGCCAUAAAGGUAAGUGGCUAUGGCUGUGUCAGCAACUUACAGACAACCACGACACAAACCACGACAACGUCAGGCGAUUUCGACUUCUACCCGACCGACAGCUUCGUCUUUGCCUACAAUCGUGCCAAGGCGACUGCACGAACUCCGUUGUACCACGAUGGCUACACGUCCAAUUCUAUCCUGCGGGAGAACUAUUUAUACGCCCUCUCCAUCACCUGAUAUGUAUAUUCGCCAUGCAAGCCUGGCAAGAAUGAAGUUGCAUUCUGACCAACACAUCUGGCGAUGCGUAUCCCGCCAAGGCUUCUGGGGGUUUCUUUUAGUCAAGCAGCCCCGGGGCUUGAGGCUGCUUCUUGGCCAUCAAAUCGCGUAUACUAUACAUAGUGUGUUUCUGGAAAGUUAUCUCCGUGAUGCGGGUAGAUCAUCAGCAGGAAACUAUCUUGACUACACUUUGGCAACAGGCAGGGAGGAGAACUUCACUGCGCGGCCUCGCAAUACUUGUAUGUUGACUUGCAACCUUGUAUGACUGAAACUACUUCUUUUUCUUAGCGCAGAUCCUGACUGGGGGCGGGGGCGUUUUUACUCAGGAUAGGGACCCGCUUGCCGGAUGCGUUCAACGUCUGCCUCCGCGCGCAGGUUUGCGAGUCCGGCGCGUACGAAAUUCUUCCUCCUGGGCGUCCGUGCGCCCUGGGGUUCGCGCUGGAAGUGGACCCUCCCACGGGAGGCGUAUCAAAUGCAAAAAUGUCUCGGUCUGGAAACUUGUGAUGCUGCGUUGGGAAUAGGGAAUGCUCUGUAAUCAAUGCACAGCCAAGCAUGAGAAACAUCUGCGCUUCUUUGCGUAGCGUUUUUCGCAUGACAAACUGCGUUUUUGCAUGACAGGCAAAAGGGUCUCGUCUUGGACACGCAUCACAAGCUUUUUGGUCAUCCCGGACAAGCAUGACAAACCUCGCAGUCUUCCAGACCUAGACACUUUUGCAUUUGAUAAAGCGCCGCGGCGGUGAUUGUGUCCGACGUCCUCACCAGUUGCGGCACUGCCUUGUAUGACGAAGUAUCCGGCCGAAUGUCGGUGCUCGAAGGUGUGGAGUACCAAAUGCAAAUAAUGCGACAGGGUCAGGGACCAUGAACAUGAAGCCUUGAUGUGUGCUUCUAAUGGUGUUGUCCUCGCAUUCUCCGACGCCUUGUUGAAGGUUUACGUUGAUUUUAAUUCGCUGGCAGAGAAUCAUUUAUUGUGUCGCGGAUUAGCAUAAUAUUGUGACCACGGGAUUUGCCUUUUACAGAAGUCUGUCAGGCUUUUUGCCAUUCCGCGAGCUGCUGCAUGCAGUGCGACUACAUAGACUAACGCACUAGCUGUUCGUAUUCUCAUUCUGAGAAUCCGACGCCAGCGUCUUUUACCGUGGCGGCAGGGCAACUACAAUUGCACUUGUGGCAGAACGUUUUCCCUGGCCCUGACAGGUUUUCCGUGCAUAUUGAAAUGCCCACAGACAGCGAACUAGCCAUAUCAAAUGCAAAAAUGUCUGGGUCUGGAAGGUUGGAACUUGCGAUGCUAACCCUGGACUCUAAAAAAAUCUGUAUUGCAUGACCAGCAAGAGAUGUCUCGUCUGUGCUAUGCGGGGAGGGCAUUUGUCAUGCUGGGUAGGCAUCAGGAAGCCCUCUAAAAAUCUGUGAUGCUAGGUCGUGCGUUACAGACAUCCUGGGUCAUGCAAAAUAUGCAUGACAAACCCGGCAACAUUCCAGACCCAGACACUUUUGCAGUUGAUAAGCCACAGCAGGUCUCCCAUUCCAGCUGCGGGUUGACGCGCGUACAAACAAGAUUAUUUUUCGCCGACCCAUCUCGUCUAGCGGAGAGAAAGACUAUUUGCCGGUCGUGCCGCUCUACCAACACGCCAUCUGCCACCGCGUGCAACUAUCGCGCCAGAACAUGUUAGCGUUAGCGCACUUUGCAAUUAUGCUCGCUGUCCGUGAAUUAGGCAAAAUUCAAAUUGAUCUGAGUUGGGAUUUCACAGCGCCCAAGGCGGCCAUGAUCGUGGUUGUUUGUCUUGCUCUUGCAAGUAGAAUGUGGUGCGUAAAUAAAGUCGCUGACGCUAACAAACACUUUUGCACUCAAUAGCAAGCCUGCCAAGGGACAACCACUGCUGGCCUUCCGCUGGAAGUCUUUCUACGCAUUGCAAAUAUGUUUGGGUCUCGAAAGUUGUGAUGCGGAUGAAUGCUGACUGACUGGAGUACUUGGAUUUGGAGUCUCAGCCGAGAGUGGCAAACCUUUGGGCCGCUCCCUCGAACGCAGUUUGCCUUGCAAAUUGCGUUUUUGCAUUUACAAAACUUGCUGCGAUUUUGUCGGUCGGGCAAGAUAAUUGAUUCUUUACAGAAGAUAAAGACUUCAAGACAAGCAUGGCAAGUUUAUUCAUUUUUCCAGACUCAGACAUGUUUGCAAUUGAUAUGCUCCCCCAGGCAGCGACUGCCUCCACGGGUUCCACCUGCACUAACAAAUAGAAAUGCACACCCGCACGGCAAUAUUGUGACGGGACGCUUCAUAUGCUGCGUUGAAAGUGCACAGGCAUGGACGUCAACGCGCGUUGCCAAGAGCACUGCGGGUCGGCCACUUCGAUGGCAUACUUGCAAUGCGGCGGCAUUUAAUGCUGCGAGCGCGGUGGCCCCUAAGCACUACGACUAAGCACUGUGUCUUGCGUAACACAGCCACAGAAGUGGAUCCUGUUUUGUCGAAUUUCCAUGGAAAUCGAAAAAGAGCUGUCUUCUUUACAAAACGAAGAAACGCAUUCAACUUCGCGAGUUGCACUUCAACGUAUCUAUAGUAGUGCCUUCUAUGGGUGUGCUUUUCUAUGUGAUACGCACAGCCCUGUGCUUAACGGCGCGCAGCCACCAGCCGACACCGUCGCAGUUCUUGAGCGCCAGAUUAGCGGCUCGUGUAUUCUAGAGAAAAAUCCACCCCGCCCCACAGCAUAUUUAUUAGGGUGGCGCCCCCUGUGCCUGAUCCUGAUGUGUUUUGAAUGAGAUGCGGAAUGUGCAUUUGCAUCAAGUUAGUCAUGUCUUCUUCUCCUGUAUGAUGGGCAGACGCGAGCUGCGCGAAACAUAGCCAUGCGGACAACCACUAAAAUCGUGCUUUUUUGCCGACGUCUUCAGGGUCUGACGCGCUUGCCAUGCGAGGCUAUGGCCGUGCUAGAUACCGAAGCAUGCGGCCUGUGAUGAUCCUGAGGCGCCCUGCAAUCACCACGACCACAGUGGCCAUUUAUGACAGUGAGACAUCGCAACAGGUGGAAGACGUUUUUCUCUGACCUUGGGGAGAGGGCCGGACUUUUCUUUGGCAUAUCGCGCUUCGGAUAUAAGCCCAUCAGAUUCACGCCGCCGUCAAGUGCCAGCCCUGCAGCAACUACAAAGCCGCUGCUCUUUGGCAUUUAUUUCGCCGCCGACACGCCUGCGCCAGCUAGUAUCACCACCGCCGCAAAUAUCCGGGAUGAAAAUGCCAUCGCAAUUAUUUCCACGACGCCUUUGCACUUUUGUGAAUGUGCCAUGAUGAUGGUUAAAGCUAAAAGCGCAUCGCAGCCAAGCCUUAGUGUGCGUGUUAUCGCCUGGUUAUUUUCCGUCUCUACAAUACUACAAAAGAAGGAGCGCAAAGUUGCCAUUUAUACAUUGUAAAGCACAGGCACAGCAGAACCGAAGUAAAGCAGCUCCCUCCGGCUACUGUAAUUGACUUAGACUCCGCGUAGUGGUUGACUUUUCACUGCGACAUAACAACCUUCCGCAAAGGUGUAUAUGGUUGCGAUGGUCAUCUUCUCCCCCUCCAUAGCGAAUCUUCCGGCGGUGACGUUAAAUCCGGGGAACUCGUACUUGAACUUUGACCAGAACAACGGCAAGCACGCUCGAGUCUGUUAUGCGCGUCAGGCACAAACCGUUACACAAGCGGAGUUCCACCGGGCGGCAGGGCUAAAAGGCUGCGAAACGUACGCCCACCACUUAUGCAUUGCAAAUAUGUCUGGGUCUAGAAGGUUGCAACUUGUCAUGCUAAACCCGAAUCAUGCAAAAAUCUGUGUUGCGUGAGUGCCCAAAGCUGUCCACUUUCGACCAAGUUGGGUAGAGGGAGUUUCUCACGCAGGAUAGGCAUGGCAGAGACCUCGCAGAGUCUGUCAUGCUAGGUCCCGCAUCCCAGACCUCAGGGGUCAUGGAGAACCUCCUGCGUGACAACUUUAAGGACAGUCUUCCAGAAACAGACAUAUUUGCACUUGAUACCACAUGCUGGACCCUCGUUUGUGCGGCCAAGCGGCCGGCCUCGCGGCGGGCGGGUCUGCCCGCGUCACGUACUCCGACGUGCUCCCCUUCGGCUGUUCGUACCUCCCAGCCUACUAUGAAUUGCAAAAGUAUCUUCGCACUCGUAUAAAUGCAUUACAAAUUUCCUCAGAAAGAGAAAUGGAAUUUGUCAUGCUGAUUUGCCUUGGCAACAAGAUUUGUAAUGCAAGACUUGCAUUUAUACGAGUACGAUACGACUUUUGCACAGGAUACCUACGCGGGUGAUACGACUGUCGCGACACCGCCAGCUGAAGCUGAUGUCGUCGUCAACCUGGGGGGCGUCGGCUACCAGAAAAACUACGUGAUGCCGCGCACGCUGUCGCACCGCGCGGAGCGCAUCCAGGUCUGCCGAGCUGCCGCGGCGGUGUCGAUGGUCGCUCCUGUCACGCAACAGCGCUGCCACUACCUCACAGCGGAGGUAGCCAGCUUCCGGGCGCGCUUUCCGCAGGGGAGCUACGACUCGGUCAGGCUCCAGCUGGUGAAGUACGAUCAUGUUCGUACCGGGUUCGCAAACGGAAGGAACGUGUGGGCCGUCUCGACGUUCGACAAGGAGUUCUUCAGCUCGUCGCGGUUUCGUUCCGAUGCAGCGUGCCUGCAGCUGCACGGCUUUCUGGGAAAGGUGGGCAAGCUAAACCUCGGAGACGAGGAAUUUAGUGCUCGCAUUCUUAAUGCACGAAACAACGAAGGUCAAAUGGGCGAGGGGCUUAUUAGCUCUCAUAUGCCUCGAGGAGUGAGGGGUGGCGUUGUCGAGAUCUUUACUGACCCAACCUGCUCGAAGUCGGGGCACGCGAGGCUCGACGCGGACGAAACAAAAGCGGAAAAUGAGAACGGGAAUCCAAACGCAGAAGAUCUUGGCACACCCGCAGGCGCAGAAGGGGACACGUUUAGCCUCCGCGCUCCCCCGGAGAUUUUCGACACCGCUUGUCUGGACGACUUAUGCUCUGCAAAAGUAUCGCUAGCGCACUCGGAUUGAUUGCAAUCAUCAUGCAUGAAAGAUCUGGCUUCUAUAAGCAGCUAAUUUAAUAGCACUACAGCUUUCAUGUCUGUUUCUGGAAAAAUUUGUCAUGCUACUUCUACUAGUCGCACUAGUGCGAUACUUUUGCAAUGCAUGCGAUUCCAUCUGGAGCAACUGCGACACGACAAACAUCUGCUACCAGAAGGUUCACGAAUGGCGCAUAUCCAGGAAAAAACACCCAUGAUCCCCAUCCAUUUUCUGCAUGACAAGCAUUGGACUUUAUGCAUGCUUUGCAUGACAAAUUGGAUGAAGAUGGGUGUUUUUUCCUGGAUAGCGCACGUCGUCCGACUACAGCAGUUGCAAAGCGAAAUUUCCCCAUCCCACGGCGCGUGGUGCGGGAACCAGCGAAUUUCCCUCGUACCUUAUUCUGUGUAAAGACGUCCCCGCCCCAGAGUUCUUGUCAUGCAAAUCUGCAUGCCAAAAAAGUUCGUCAUGCGGAGCCCCAUGAGAAGCAUUUUCUAUUCGUAUUUGGCAAUUUGUGAUGCUAGGAUCAGCAUGAUAUGCUGGAUCUGUGAUGCUUCUGAACUAGCUAAUAAACAGGAUUCCACUAGUACGAAGACAAACUUGUCAUGCGAAACAACCAAAGCUGGCGGAUUUGUAUAGCAGAUUUCGCAUCUGGGGACGUUUUUCCUCAGGAUAUACCUCACCCAACAGCCGGACGUCCUCACCCGUCUGUUCGCGAAGUACGAGCGGUGUUUAUCCUGUGCCAAAGUAUCGUACUAGCAUGAAUUGCAUUACAAAUUCGCUCAGCAUGAUUACAAAUUUAGAUUUGUAAUGCGGAUUUUCCUUGGCAACUAGAUUUGUAUAUGCAGAAGUGCAAUUAGUACGAGUGCGGUACUUUUGCAAUGCAUAGCGGUUGCUGCUCGGCAAGUACGCCUGUUCCGGUGUGAGCAAUUCCGAAAAUUGCAUGUGCGAUGCGGGUAUCAAAUGCAAAAAUGUCUGGGUCUGGAAGAUUGGUAGGUUUGUCAUGCAGGUUUUCCAUGACCCACACGGUCUGCCAUGCACGGCCUAGCAUGACACCAGGUUCUGUGAGAUCUCUAUCAUGCCGCUCCUGCAUGAGAAACUUCCUCUACACUUGUUCAAAAGUGGACCUCUUUUGGUAAUCAUGCACCACAAAUUUUUCCACGAUCCAGAUGGCACAUGACAAGUUACACUCUUCCAGACCCAGACAUAUUUGCAAUGCAUAGCGGGAUAUGUGGGCGAGAUGGGUGCCACGAGCUUCUCGUGCAAAGCCUGUCCCGCGGGCACGUACCAGCCGAUGCUAUCCUGUGCAAAAAGGCCCCCACCCCACGGAUUUGUAAAUGCAAAUCUGCAUGCUAAAAAUAUUUCUCAUGCGGAGCGCCAUGGGAGGCUUUUUCUAGUCGUGUUUCGGAAUAAAUUUGUCAUGCUCGAACCAGCAUGAUGUGCCAGAUCUGUGAUGCUGCUGAACUAGCUCAAGAACAGCAUUACACUACGAGGCCAAACCUGUCAUGCGCAACGACCAGAGCCUGCUGAUUUGUCAAGCAGAUUUCCCGUCUGGACUAUGGGGUGGGGACGUUGCCAAAAAUGAUAAAUGCGCGGCAUGUUUCGCACCGCCACGGACGCUGGAAAUGAAGCCACCGUGUCAAAAUCCUGCAUCCCCUGUCCCCCGGGUUCGUACGGACCCCGCGAAGGGCAGGCGGCCUGCAUGCUAUGGAUUGCAAAAAUGUCUGGUGCGUCUGGAAGAAUGGAAGUCUGUCAUGCUUGUCUGGCAUGACUCGACGAGAAUUAUCUGUGUUGCAUAGGCACGAAAAUAAAUAAGCCAUCUUUCUUGUCAUCCAAAACCCAGUCUGCCAUGCGGAAUUAUACGUAAGACAUAGAAUAGACAUCGCAGCCAAAAAAUUUGUCAUGCAUAGCUGCGUAAUUGCAGUGCGUCUAUCAUUCAGUUUUGGCAUUACAAGUUUCCAGACCCAGACAUAUUUGCAAUGCAUACAUGCAGUGCCCCAACAAUCAGCCCCUGACGGCACAUUCCGUCUCGACGUCCACGACUACGACAACCACUGACGACGAUUCGCGGCGCAGGAGGCGGACAGAAGAAGACGACGCGGCGGCGGAGGGAGAGGACGCGGGGACCCCGGAAUUGAUUGGCGCUGUCAAUGCGGCGAGCUGUAUCGCGGUGCCAAGUACAGCAGUAGACGGGAGCACCAGUACCACGGAGGCCACCGUGCUGGACAACUCCGCUGUUGCGAUGGUGGUGCUAUGCACUGCAAAAGUAUCGUACUAGAGUACAAAUCGCAGUACAAAUUGGCUCAGCAUUACAAAUUGAAUUUGUAAUGCGGAUUUAUACCUUCUAACCAACUAGAUUUGUAAUGCAUAACUGCGAUUUUUACUACGAGCGCGAUACUUUUGCACAGGAUAGGUGCUCCUCGUGGUGAUUUUCAACAGCGUGCUGUUAGUUAUGGAACUGUUAGGAUCGAAAUCGACAAAGUUGAAAUGAUUUGUCAUGCAUAAAAUUGAUUCCAGUUGGACCCCAGCUUCCAAGUGGCGCAUGACAUCAAAUUCUGGUGGUGCCUAAAUCCAGUUUGUAAUGCUGUUUAGGCAAAGAAGACUGACUCUCUCAUGCUAGUACUUUAGCAGCUCGAGCUCUAAACCCAAACAGGCUUACAGUCGGAGCCUCACUUGCCUGCUCUGCAAUGCACGUAAUUCGUGUCAUGCAUUUUAAGCAUUAAAACUUUGUCACUUUCGAUCCUGACAGGUCCAUAGUAGUGAUCACGGCCUACACCGUUUUCACGUCCGCCGGCCCGCCCGGCGGAUCCUUUCCCCCCAUGGUCGGCCCGCCCGCAGUACCAAAAUGAAAAAUCUUCCCUCCCCAUCCUAAGACGGAGAUUUGUGUAGCAUGAUUUGCUACCACAAAUCGUGUUGUCAUGCUAGAAGGCAAAAGAUGAGGACUGUAGUGCUGGCUGGCCGCGUGGGAAUGCCUUACAUAUUCCGCAUGACAGGAGGCAACUAGACAAGUGGGAAACAGCAUCACAAAUUUCCUGCAACUCAGGUGGCCACAACUGCUUCUCUUGGCCUUCUAGCAAGACACAAAUGAGAUUUGUGUACGCAAAGAAAUCCAGCAUCACAAGAAAUGUCCUUUUCAAUAUGGGGAGGGGGGAUUUUUUCUUUCGAUACGCAGCUGGGAUGAUGGGCGGAGGCAUGAAGGGCGGCAUGAUGGGAGGUGGAAAAGGAAUGAUGAUGGGCAUGAAAGGCGGCGGUAAGAUGAUGCCCCCCAUGGGAGGAAAGAAGGCCAUGAUGAUGAGCAAGAAGCUAUCCUGAGGAAAAACGGCACCCCCGACACCCCAGAGAAGUAGUCAAGAUGAGGAAUAUUUUGCGAAGCAAAUGAUCAACAGGGGUCUUUGGCUGUUGCGCAUGACAAGUUUCGGUCUCGUCUAGGUCAGUAGAAGUCUGUUCAUGGUUGGCUACUAGUGAAGCCGCAUCACAAAAUAUCUAGCUCCUGAUCUUCCCGGUCGUGACUAGAGCAUGACAAAGUCGUCCUAGACCACAGUUCGAGAAAUAAAUGCUGCUCAUAGCCUUGCGCUGCAUGAGAAACAUUUCUAGCAUGCAGAUUUGCAUGACAACCCUGGGUGGUCUCGGGACGUUUUUACACAGGAUAGACGGGCAUGAUGAUGGGUGGCGGCAUGAUGGGUGGCGGCAUGUAUUCACAGUAAAUUUCCAGUACACGUACAGAUGGCGUCUAUGCAUGACAAAACUUGGCUUCUAUCCUAGUUUAGCAUGACAAAUUUUACGCUCCAAAUUGGUAGAAUUUGUGAUGCAUGUUGUACAUGUACGGGAAAUUUGUAUUGCAUAGCAUGAUGGGAAAGUAUCCAAAGGAAGAAAGCUAGCAGGUCAGCACAUUUUUUCACCUUGUGAUGCAAAAAUACAUGACAGACUGCUCAGAAUGAAAAAUGAAGAUCAAGAUCUGUAUGUGUUGUAACAUUGCUGGAAAGAACUGCAUGUUUGUGCUAUACGCCCGGGGAGGACCCAUGACAGAUUUUUGGUAGUUUUUUGUGUAUUUAUCUGUGCAAGUCGUGCAUGACAGUUGUACAAGUACAACAGGUGUGAAGUUGUAGACCUGUGAGGUUUUUUCUGUGGGAUAGCAAGAAGGGCAUGAUGAUGGGAAAAGGAAAGCCCGGGAUGAAGUGGUAGCAAAGAAAAGAAAGUGGAAUAAGUAAGUAACCCCUCUAGCGCCGCAACUACUCCGUGAUGUAGAUUUGUUUUUAUGACAGCAGCCUAAAAUAAACGUUUUCAGCGCCCACUGACUUGUGAUGUUGCAACUACCCGCCGUACUAGAUGCGUUCCUCUGUGGUCUCUUCCACGCCCUCUGUGGGCCGCGAGGAGGGACGAGUUGGGAGUGCUGGGAACAAGCUUUUUUUGAGGUGUGUGGUUUAUAGUUGUUCUAGUAUUAAAAAAAAAACAAGCUUUUUCAAGAUGUCACCAUUGUUUCUAAUUCUAUGUACCGACUUGCUUUUUUGAAAAUUUUCAUGGAUCUCGAUCAACUAACAACACGAAAAAGCCACGGGUUUUUAUUUCAUAAUUUCAUACUAAACACUAACACAUUUUUCUGAAGUCUGCUUUACACAUAAUUUUCUUUUUUCUGAAACGAAGCACAAGUAGCAAAAAAAUUUUAUUUCUGUACUUUAAACACUAUCCGCAUCAGCAUCUUCUGGAUCUUCUUUUUUCGUUUUAAAGCUAAACAAGAAUGCACGACGUUACGCAAAAGCACUUUCGCGACUACUCUGAUCAACAUACACAAAAUCUUCUGAAGCCGUUCUUUCCGUUCAACGUUUUUAUCGCACCGUUUUAGUGCUAUGCAUUUUCAUUUUGAACAACUCAGUAUUUUGAUUUUUUUUUGCUACGCAUUUUUAUUUUGAACAUAUCGCAGUACUUUACGUCUUUUUUUUGAAUAACAUUACAUCACGCAAGAGCACAAUUGUUUUUUCGACUUUUCAUUUUUCGAUUUCGUUCUUCCCCCCACACGCAGCUUAUAUCAAUCCAUGGAUCGACCCCGCCAAUAGCAAUAAAAUACCGCUUUCUAAGAAGACAAAAAAAUGGUAACCCCGAUAAAAAAAAAAUCAGGCUCGCCCCCACCUAAAGUCAGCUCCGCAAAUGCCUUUCGCGAUCGGAACCACCAGCACGACGUUUUUCUACCGUACUAGUGGCAGUAGUUCCCCUACUCUAGUAGUACUUCUAGAACGUUUACGCCGGUGCAACCAGAAGUAGAAAUAAAUUGUUCGCUUUGUUCCUUUCGGUAUCUUUAAAGUCGAAGAAAAACAAAUACCCGAUGUGGAGGACGUCACCAACAAGUUCAUGGAGCACCCCUCCACGAAUUUUUUAUUCAACACCUUCACACUUUUGUUUCAUUUCACUCGUCACAGGCUUGAUUUCCAAGUUUCAGCCACUCACUAGCAGCUGUUAUUUAAUAUUCGCUUGAUUGGACAAGAUGAAACAGAAGAUAUACGUUGAAGCUGGCUGAACUCUGAAUCUGCUGCAUGAAAUGAAAUCCGGGGCUAUUUCUGCAGCAGGACGACGACUGGACGAGCAGUUCUAGUUACGAGAGGAAUAAAACUGCCGCGCUCGUCCUCUCCUGAUGGUGCGCAUCAUCAAGUGUUGAUCACGAUGUGCUGCUCACAGACGAGGUGAGUUUUCGCUUUCACGCCACAUUUUCAUUUUGAUAUAGACCGCACCACUGCUGUAGUUCAGAUUCAGAACGAAGCGAAUUCACCACUCGACGACGCAAAAAGUAAAAGGCCAAGCGGAACACGCUGUCUCUGUUGUACCCCACUCCCCGCCCAAGAAAGAAAUAAGUAUUAGUAACGUAUAAUAGCAGGUAUUGAAAUAAAGAGUUUUCGGAAAUGAAAACAC